GCGUUCAAUUGGGGUCAUUUCCAAUACUAACCGAUAGGCAGAUAUCUCCGAAGACGCGAGAAUUGCAUGUACAUAUCUAUCGAACAUCAUGCCGGCCGGAAUUCUCGAUAAUAUCAACAACAGUCCACCUAAAAGGAAAUUAAAUCCAAGCAGCUCGGACUGCAGUUUCGAUAGAGACUUCAUAUUCUCGCCGUUCCCAGUCGAGCCAAAGCGGAUCACCAGCCCAGGAGGACCUGAAAGCCCAGCCAGGACCAGUCCAGUCAAACCCAGCCCAAGCCCUCAUCUCACAACCGUAUCUCGCUCAUCGUCGUGUGAAUCGCUCACUUACGAUUCAUUUGACGACCAGUACAGACAGUCUGUACUGAAUCAGUCCUCUCGAGAGCUCUCCAGGAAAACAAGCCGGAAGAAACUGAGACGUUUGUGAGUAUGGCAUAUGCAGGCCUUAUUAUCACCUCAGGAAAGGAACUGACAUCAAUGCUGUCGAUAUGGAAUUUAAAUUAUUCUCAUCAAAUUGCGUGGUGACGCCGGAAGAGAAGAGAGUCUUGCUAAGUUAUCCGGAUCCAGACCUUUCAAUUAUGUUCGGAUGCUUCUGAGACAAGCCGAUUGCGUCUGAGAUGAGAAUUUGACCAAGACACAGCUCGGAGAGUGCAGAGCGACAUAUCCUUCUACUCGCUCCCGUGGAACUAUGAUAUAUAUAAUAAUGUAUAUCAAUACGUGCUGUACAUGCCUAAGCUGUGUCGACCGAGCCACUAUAACAAUAUAGGAAGGAACGUUGGGGCUCAAAGCGCUACAAGAUCGACAACGCUAGUGAUAAUUGAUUGCACAGCUGGCGAAGAAUCCAACAAUAGAUACCGGGCAUUCAAACAAGGGAUGCCGAGCGUAUACAAAAUUACUUCAAAGGUUAUUUCACCGAGCAUAUUCCGAGUUAAACUAAACGAAAGCAAG